GCAGCUUUCUAAAACAACUAUAUUCCUGUAUUCAGAGUCAUAUUCCACAAUCCUGCUUUAUCAGGUUAUAGUAUUACUUCCAAUAUAUUGUACUUCAGUUGAACAUUACUGUAAUACUGUGAAAGUAUGGCUAAACGCCUUUUGCCGUAUGUGAAUUUUAACAACGGUGUAAAAUGCCCAAUUGUUGGGUUUGGGACAUAUUUGAUAAAAGGUGAAGAAUGUUACAAUUGUGUGAAAGCCGCGAUAGAUAUUGGAUACAGACAUAUAGAUACUGCCUUCGUUUAUAAAAAUGAAAAAGAAGUUGGACAAGCCAUAAAUGAUAAAGUAAAAGAGGGUAUGGUGAAAAGAGAAGACAUUUUUGUUGUUAGUAAAUUAUCCAGCGCAAACCAUAAAGAAAAUAUGGUGGUUCCAGCGUUACGAAAAACUUUAGAAAAUUUGAACCUUAGCUGUAUAGAUCUGUAUUUGAUUCACGCACCUUGGUCUACAAAACCACUAGUUGAAGGAGAGGUAUGUUUGGACAGUCAAAUAGAGGAAGAUGGAAAAGAGAUCCAAGAUGAUAUUGAUCCGGUCGAAACUUGGCGUGGUAUGGAAGAGUGUGUAAGACUUGGUCUUGCACGGUGUAUUGGUUUGUCUAAUUUUAAUAAGGAACAAACCCAAAAUAUUCUCAAUUCUUGUAAGAUCAAGCCUGUUACAAAUCAAGUUGAAUGUCAUCACUUGCUGAAUCAAGAAAAAUUGAGAAAAUACUCUCAAGAAAACGGGGUUACUAUUUCUGCGUAUAGGUCUCUAGGAGGUGCAAAGAAAAUUCAUAUUGUAUUGGGGGACGAAAAUAUUAAAAAACUUGCAGAGAAAUAUGAAAAAACUCCAGCGCAAAUCAUUCUUCGAUGGAUUAUUCAAAGAGGCAUUUUGGCCAUUCCUAAAUCUUCAAAUUUGAAAAGAAUUGAAGAAAAUUUCAAUGUUUUCGAUUUUGAAAUUGAUGAAACUGAUAUGGAUUUCAUAAUGAGUUUGAAUCAAGACCAAAGAUUUGUUGAAUUUCUUUCAGUGACAGAGUCUAAGUAUUUUCCAUUUAAGAAAGGUGUGGAAUAUUGACUGUUGUUUAAUCCGUAUAUUUCACAAUUCUGUAUCUUGAUAAAAAUAUUUUAAAUCACUGAAAAUUAAACAAUAAUCCGUAUCUG